AUGUACGUACAUCUAUUUAUUUUCAUUUUUAGUGCCAUUGGCAAGAUUUCCAUUGCUGACGAGAAUACAUCAUGCUUAGAGAUGAUUGAAAAUGAAUUCAAUUUUGGUGAAGAUUUUAGUGAAAAUAUUCAAAACCUUAUCCUGGUCAAUUUAAACGAUGAUCUCUCUUGUCAAUCUUUUAUUGAAUAUCUAAGUCUGAAAUUACGAGAAUCAACCCAUUCCUAUUGGAAAGAAUUGGAUGAACAAGGUCGACGUCGUAUAGCAUCUCAUUUAUUGCCUUUGCUUAAAUAUCAAAUUCUAAAUGGAACAAAUGGACCAGUAAAAUCUAUUAUUGAGGCUAUCGGAUUUGAAAAUAUUUUCGGUCCAAGAGAAAUAAAUUGUUCACAACAAAUCAAACAAACAUUUGAUCUAUCACAUUCAUUAUCUGAAAAUUUGAUCGACCAUCUCAAUCUAUCAAAUCACAAAGAAUGUCGUCAAUUCAUUAAAAUAUCCAAGAAUUACUUGUUUGAUCGGGUACAAUUGAUAAACAGGUCCGAAUGGUUAGAACUAUCAGAUGAUAACAAAAAAUGGCUUUUUCAGUCAUUAUUUCCAAUCACAUACGUUGGAUUUCAAAGAUCCAGGAGCCAGAUUCCGUUAUCAUUGAAUAUGCUGCUCAAAAAUAUGCAAAAUCUAACACUUUUUGAUGGCAAAAUAUCGUUGAAUGAAGCUAAUGGAUCGUUAUCAAACAAAACGAUUGAUAACUCGGAGCUACCAAACCAAAAUUCAUCAAUGAAUUUUGUUUAUUUUUUGUUGAGCAUAGUCUUCACCAUAGGUUUAUUCUAUUCGAUAAGAUCUUUAGGUUUAAUCUCUUACUUUGACAGAUAUUAAAUUAAAUUAAAUUAUGAUUAAUUUACAAUGUUAAAAA